AUGCUCUACUUGAUCGCCUUCUUGAUAUGGGUCACAAGAGGUGAUGCUACGGAGACCACAGCGUUGCCUCCCACCGCUUUCACUGGAGGAGACCUCGAAGUCUGUCAAAUAUGGAAGAAUAUGACAAAGGAAGCUGUUUGCGACUACAUCAAGUAUCAAAAAGACAUUUGUGAAGGAGGUGGUUAUCUACAGUGGUCUCAAUACGUCGAAUGCGAGUUUAGCACUGCCAAGAAGGUUACAGUGAUGAUAGCAGGAAUUGUGUGGAUGCUUAUGUUAUUUAUCAUGGUGUCUACUACUGCCGACGAUUUCUUCUCACCAAAUGUUGCAUCGAUUGUUGCACAUUUGAAGAUUAGUGAAAGCAUAGCAGGCGUGACAUUCAUGGCGUUUGGCAACGGUGCUCCAGACAUAUUCGGCUCCAUUGCUUCAGUUCUCAGCAGUCCAAAACCCAAAGCUGGAUUCGCUUUGGGAGAGCUGCUUGGGGCUGGCAUAUUUGUCACCUCUAUGGUCACGGCCACAAUCAUUCUCGUCAAGCCGUUCAAGAUUGAUGUAUUUUCAACCAUUCGUGAUCUCAUAUUCUAUCUCAUUGCACUGGCUUGCAUAACAUUUGUUUUUCUGUACAGCACCAAUGUAUAUAUAUGGGAACCAGCUGGUUAUCUGGGCCUUUAUGCUAUAUAUAUUCUCACUGUAGUAAUCGGACACCAUUUGCACAAGCGCCGGAGGAAGAAGAUGAGAGUGAAUAGUACCAAGUCCAGGCCCAGCAACAUGGCAUCGCGGAAUGGGAGUGUGCAUCCAGUCAUUCCCGAAAUACAAGUCAUAGCGGACGCAGUAGAAAAGUUCAAGCAGGAUCUAGAUGCGUCUGACCGGACUCUGGCAGAACUGGUAGUAGUUAAAGAGAUGGUGAAGAGAAAUUCAUUAGCAAUUAGUGACAUACUCAACGUCUUUCCUCCAGAUCUUCCUUCUGAGCACGAGGAAGACGAGGAAGAAACCGGAUCAUCUGAAGAGGAAUUUGUGGUUUCGCAUAACCUGGUUUUGACUGGACCCGAAGCAAGGAGCAGAGCAACGUCUGUAGCUCCGCCUCCCAUCAAAGUUGUGUCAGCAGGCACGGUCUUCAAUGAUGUCAUCAAGCAUCUUCACCCUCUGCCUGAAGACUGGAAUGACCUUGGAAUGCUUGGAAAGACUUUGAGCAUAAUAAAGGUUCCCGCAAUAUUUUUGCUGAAGAUGACAGUUCCGUUGAACGAAUACAGUUGGUCGAAAGCAAUGGCAAUCAUACAGGCUUUAUUCGCGCCUCAAUGGUUCCUCUUUGCAAUACAGAUGCAGACAUGGCAACCUUUUGAUGGCAGCCCAGGUUUAUAUGCUUAUUCAUUGUUAUUAUCAGUCAUAAUCAUUGUUUUACUGGCAAUUUUUACCUCAAUCGACCAUCAGCCGAAAUACUACAAAGAAUUCGCCUCAUACCUCGGGUUCCUGAUGUCAAUUUCAUGGAUCUAUUUCAUAUCUUCAGAAGUUGUCAAUGUAGUCACGAUGAUUGGCGUAGUGUCCAGAAUCUCGCAUGAGGUUCUGGGAUUAACCAUUCUGGCUUGGAGCAACAGUAUCGGCGAUUUGAUCGCGGAUAUCUCCGUAGUGAAGCAAGGUUAUCCCCGCAUGGCAAUGGCUGCUGCAAUCGGUGGACCUCUCUUCAACCUUCUGAUCGGUUUUGGUCUGCCUUUUCUCAUAGCAAUAGCUGGUGGACGCACAGUCACGAUAGAGCUAAACCCCACCUACAGGAUAUUAUUACUAUUUUUGGGUAUAUCGUUGACAACGACACUUAUUGCUUGUUUCGUGCAAAGAUUUUAUCUACGACGACCACACGCUUAUAUCUUGAUAUUCGUGUACCUUGCAUUCCUCACAAUGGUAGUUCUUAGCGGGACGCAUCUUCUCGUUUGGAACUGAUUCUGUCACCUGAUUUUUUUAUGCUGUCAAGAGUAUGGUGAUCUAUGUACAGAAUUUAAAAUGAUGAAUGACUUGUGCGGGUAUAUUUUCAAUCAUGCUAUGUGUAGG